CUUUCGCUCCCCAAUAAGACAACGCUAAGCCACCACCACCAACUUCUCUGUUUCCCUCUUCUUCACGUUAAUGUACAGAAACCUUUGCUUUGCUUUGCAUUGUAUAUCUUCACUAUAUCCAAAACGCACCGUUUUGUUCACCUACAACUGUUCGGCAACUUCACUGAUCUGUUUUUUCUUAAAAUUUCAUUUUCGAUUUGAUUAUAUUCCGUUCCUCUACAUUUGGAUGAAAGUUAACCGAGAUCGUUGAAACGACAAUGAAGUUGAAUGCAGCAGUAGAGAUAUUAGUACUAGUACUACUAGUUCUACUAACCUCAGCGCCAUGGGGCGUUUACUCGGAGUUGGACGAGCGUCCGCAUCCCCUUCUCGUGGGCAUGACUCUGGUUCAAAACGCUUCAGCUCUUGGUGCCUUUUGUUUGGACGGCAGUUUACCGGCCUAUCAUCUGCACAAAGGAUUCGGUGCUGGAGAGCGCAACUGGUUGCUACAAUUUGAGGGUGGUGGGUGGUGUAAUGAUAUUCCAUCAUGUUUAGAGAGAGCCAAAACGCGCCGUGGAUCAACACGCUACAUGACCAAAUGGGAGGCCUUUUCUGGAAUCCUAAGCAACAAUGCCUCUCUCAAUCCAGAUUUCUACAACUGGAAUCGAGUAAAAAUUAGAUAUUGUGAUGGAGGAUCGUUUGCCGGAAAUGCCAAGUUUGACAACGGGACGUCAUUACUUUAUUUCAGAGGACAAAAAAUUUGGGAUGCAAUCAUUCGUGAUCUUCUACCUAAAGGAUUGGCAAAUGCUAGAAAGGCUUUGCUUUCAGGUUGCUCUGCUGGGGGCUUAGCAACCUUUGUGCAUUGCGACAACUUCGCGAAGAUUUUACCAAGGAAUGCCAGUGUGAAAUGCUUGAGCGACGCUGGAUUUUUCUUGGAUGAAAGAGACAUAAGUUUUAACCAUACUAUGAGAUUCUUCUACAAAGCACUUGUUGAACUACAGGGGAUAGAACAAAAUCUGAAUCAAAACUGCACCAAAUCCCUUAUCUUUCCGGACCUGUGUUUCUUCCCACAGUAUGCCUUGAAGUAUAUUACGACACCUUAUUUCAUUUUGAACUCAGCAUAUGAUGUAUAUCAAUUUCAUCAUAUAUUGGUUCCACCUUCUGCUGAUUUGCGCGGACACUGGAAUCACUGCAAGCUUAAUCCAGCAGCAUGUAACACAAACCAGAUAGAUGUACUGCAAGGUUUCAGGCGUGACAUGCUUCUAGCUUUGAGAUUAUUCAAUUAUUCAAGACGUGGCGGAAUGUUCAUAAAUUCAUGCUUCGCUCAUUGCCAAAGCGAGUCACAAGAUACAUGGUUUGCCGUUGAUUCCCCAAGAAUACACAAUAAGGCAAUUGCAGAAGCAGUUGGUGAUUGGUACUUUGGCAGAAGGGUAACCAAGGAGAUUGACUGUGCAUAUCCUUGUGACAAUUCUUGCCAUAACCUUAUACCGGAGGUUCAGGUGCAAUAGAUGAAGAGCAAAAAGUGCAGGUCCAACACAUUAUUUAGAUGGUAAAUAAUUCUUGCGUUCAGAAAGUGGAAGAUGCUACUACGUACUUUACUUAAUCAGAAAAGGAUAAUCAAAGUAUUCAUACAAGAAGCAAAAAAAAAAAAGCCAUUGCAUA